GUGGUCCUACGUACUGUAACACACGUUCCAGUUUUCGUCCAAACUCACAGAAACGUCAACAUUUGUAUUUCGUUACGUAAAAUGGCUAAUCACACCACUCAUAUUUAACCAAUAUUUCCUACAUUCGAUACAGAUUUAUAUUCGCAAAAUAAUGGCAAACAAGGACAGAAACAAAACGAUUUUGCUGGAAUUGGGGAAACUGCCAGAAAACAACCAAUGCGCAGACUGUAGCGCGCCGGAUCCUGACUGGGCGUCCUAUAAGCUGGGUGUAUUUGUGUGUCUGAACUGCUCUGGAGUGCACCGCAACCUGUCCAACAUCAGCCGCGUUAAAUCCAUACGGCUCGACUUCUGGGAUGACGAGCUAGUGAAGUUUAUGAAAGCCAAUGGAAAUGCCACAGGCAGAGCCAUCUAUGAGAAAGCAGUCCCAGCAUUCUACUACCGGCCCCAGCAAGAAGACUGUGCCGUCUUAAGGGAGCAGUGGAUAAGAGCAAAAUAUGAGAGGAUGGAAUUUACCGGCGAGACAAAGUAUCCCCCACUGGCCUACACGACAGGUUUCUAUGAAGGGAUGCUGUGGAAGAAGGGGAAGGAAAAGGGACAGUUUCAGAGAAGGAAGUUUGUUCUGUCUGAGAAGGAAUUCACCCUGGCUUACUUCAACAAGGAGGAUGUAAGUCCGUCCAAAGGGCCCAAAGCGCUCAUCUCCAUCAAAGACGUGAAUGUGACCUUUCAACCUGAGAAAAUUGGUCAUGCCCAUGGUCUGCAGAUUACCUACCAGAAAGACAGCCACACCAGAAGUAUUUUUGUCUACCACGAAAAUGGAGAGGAGAUUGUCAACUGGUUCAAUGCCAUUCGAGCUGCUCGCUUUGCCUACCUGAAAACAGCAUACCCCACAGGAAGUGAUAAAGAAUUGAGGACUAGAAUUACCAGAAACUACCUCAAAGAAGGAUACAUGGAGAAGACCGGUCCUAUGCAAAAGGAGACGUUCAAAAAGAGAUGGUUCAUCUUGGACUCCCAAGACAGGAAGCUCCUUUACUUCAAAGGCCAGCUGGAUGCUGAGGAGCUGGGAGUUGUGUUCCUCGGCACAGAGACCAAUGGUUACUCAGUGAGUGAGUGCAUUCCCAAAAGGACCAGAGGCAACCGGUGGAGGUGUGGAGUCACAGUGGACACGCCGGACCGCCAGUUUGUCUUCAUGUGUGAGCAGGAGAGGGAACAGAGAGAGUGGGUGGAGGCCCUCAGAGAGGUCAUCUCUAAACCCAUGCAGCCCCAGGACUACACCACUGAAGCCAACAUCCGAGGGAAGAGUUGACUUUGGAGAGCGAGCCGAGGGAAGAGUUGACUUUGGAGAGCGAGCCGAGGGAAGAGUUGACUUUGGAGAGCGAGCCGAGGGAAGAGUUGACUUUGGAGAGCGAGCCGAGGGAAGAGUUGACUUUGGAGAGCGAGCCGAGGGAAGAGUUGACUUUGGAGAGAGAGCCGAGGGAAGAGUUGACUUUGGAGAGAGAGCCGAGGGAAGACUUUACUUUCGAGAAAGCGCUGACUUUCGAGAGAGAGAUUCCACCAACAUUGGCUGCAAAACCCACUCUGAAGACUCAUCUACACUGAACAAAAAUAUAAACACAACAUGCAACAAUUUAUAAGAUUUUACUGAGUUACAGUUUAAAUAAGGAAAUCAGUCUGUUGAAAUAAAUUAAUUCAGACCUAAUCUAUGGAUUUCACAACUGGGAAUACAAAUAUGCAUCUAUUGGUCACAGAUACAGAAAACUAGUUAGUAUCUGGUGUGACCACUAUUUGCCUCAUGCAGCGCGACAUAUCCUCUUCGCAAGUUGAUCAGGCUGUUAAUUGUGACAUGUGGAAUGUUGUCCCACUGCUUUUCAAUAGUUGCUGGGUACUGGCGGGAACUGGAACACGCUGUCGAUCCAGAGCAACCCCAAACAUGCUCAAUUAGUGACAUGGUUGGUGAGUAUGCAGGCCAUGGAAGAACUGGGAUUUUUUUUGAUUCCAGGAAUUGUGUACAGAUCCUUGCGACAUGAGGCCGUCCAUUAUCAUGCUGAAACUUAUUAAGGUGAUGGCGGUUAAUGAAUGGCACGACAAUGGGCACGACAGGAUCUCGUCACGGAGUCUCUAUGGAGUCAAAUUGCCAUCAAUAAAAUGCAAUUGUGUUAAUUUUCCGUAGCUUUAUGCCUUCCCAAAUCAUAACCCCACCGCCACGAUGGGGCACUCUAUUCACAACGUUGAGCUUCCCUGAGAUCGUUUCUGGCAAGUUUGUGCCGAAAUUCUUCUGUUUUGCAAACCCACAGUUUCAUCAGCUAUCCGGGUAGAUGGUCUCAGAUGAUCCCGCAGAUGAAGAAGCCGGAUGUGGUGGUCCUAAAACUUUUAGAGAAAUACAUUUUUUUGGUGCAUAUGGAACAUUUCUGGGAUAUUUUAUUUCAGCUCAUGAAACAUGUGACCAACACUUUACAUGUUGCGUUUCUCCUUUAUCAUUUCACAAUACAAUCAAAUCAAGCCACAUUUGAAUUCCAAGCCAAUGUCACCACAUGAGCGCUAGAGGGUAGCAGAUGCGUUGUCUAGUAUGUUUCGACAGCGUUUGUCUGCUACUGCUUGCCGUAGUUGCCGGGUAUUGGAGGUCAGCUGGAGGGGGUGUGCGUCUGAAAUAUUUCGUGCAAAAUGUCAUGAAAGUACAGAAAAUAAAGGAAUAUAGCGUUUUAAA